AUGACAUCGCCCGUUAUUGCCCAGAAGAGGAAGAGCGAUGUUGUAACUGCUCUUGCCGCAGACUCUUCCAAGAAGCUAGCUAAGACUACGCAGGACAAAGGGAAGAAAGUCAUGAUCGAGCCAACUAUCCGAGCCCGCGAUUUUCUGGCUAUGGAGGAGAAGUUUGUGGGUGAGGAGUUCAUAACCAAGGCGGAGAAGAUCCCUUCUGAGGAGCUUGUUCCGCGCUCUGUGGAGUUGGCUUCGCAGUCGAUGACUCUGUUCAUGAAAGCUGUUGCCGCUGGUUCUAAGGAAGCUGACUCGCUGAAGAGGCACAAUGCCCAGCUCCAGGAGACCAUGAAGAGACUGAAACAAGAGGCGGCUAGAAAGGACAAAGAGCUCGAAGACCUUCGCAAGUCUAAGGAGCAGGCUGAGCUCAAGGCUAAGAACUCUCAGGCAAAGAUCGAGGAGAUGGCUCGCGACUUGGAGGUCGAGAAGGAGAAUGGGAAGAAAAAGUAUGAUCAGGCAGUUUCUGACUAUAUUUACACCACUCUUUCCAAAAUCCCAGACUUCGACUUCUCUAUCCUCGGAGCAGAAGCCGCUGAGAUGGCUGAGGCUUUUCGCGCCAUGUUGCCCACUCAAACUCAAGGUGGUGGAGGGAAUCUUCCUGAGGAGGCCGAGGUUGCAGAUGCUGAGGAAGUCGAGAACGAGGCCGUUAGCAAAGUCGCGGAUGAAACUGCUCCUGCUACUCCAGAUGCUUGA